CUGUAAACCUCUGGCGCAGCGCGUGGAGUGAUUUGAAUGUGUUUUUCAGCGAAUCAUAGCAAGCCAUAAAAUGCGUCUUUCCGCUCGCAUCAAGUGUUUCAAGUAUUUAGUGUACGCGUAUGUGAUUUUAAUAUCGAUAUGUGGCGGCGCACAACUAUUAAUCGGAGCAUUCCUACUAUGGACCCACAAGCAGUACGCACCGAUCGUAAAGAAUCAGUUCUGGGAACCGUUCGCCGUACUGAUCGGGCUCGGCGUAAUAUCACAGGCACUUUGCUACCUUGGCUGGACAUCAGCGAGCCGGAAGCAUCGAUGUUAUCUAGGAUUGUUCUGUGCACUGUUAGUGCUGUUUAUUGUGAUUUUAUUCUUAGUUAGUGGGUGGGCAGUGGCCACCAAGGCGCAUCUCAUCGUUCCGGCCGAGCUGGCCAUCGAGACGACGUUUACCGAGUUUCUAGCACGAGACGACACCAACGAUCAAACGCACAUCUGGAACCGAUUGCAGCGAGAUUUCCGUUGCUGCGGCUACAAUGGCAUCCAUGACUACAAAAAGAACAAGCAAGGUUUCCCGUGGUCCUGCUACGAUCCGAUCGACACGAACGUCUUCAGCACCGGCUGCAUGCACGUGUUCGUGAAGAGCAUCGAGAUGAACAUGAUUCGUGUCGCGGUGGUUGCGGUUGCCUCCGCCCUUAUACAGAGUUUAGGCAUUUUCUGUGUCAUCCAGCUUACGAUGCUACUCAAACGACCGACCCUAAUGCUGCCAAACGGUGAUAACCAUUCGGUGCGGGUAAAGCGAACCCGCGAGUUGGCUCCACUCUCACCGGCCACAAUCGGCAAUCCCACGCCACACAGCAGUACAAAACCACCAAUUCCGCUGAAACCCGUCGUGCCACGAGUGGAUCAACCCGUGAUGAAGUCUUCUCAUUGAUUCUACC